AUGAGUGAAAAAAAUACUAACACUGCUCUAGUUCGAAGGGUGAACAAAUUACUCGAAUCGAGAGUAGAGCAUGACAAGGAUACAUUAGAAGCUUUAAAAGAAUUAUCUACUUUCUUUACCGAAAAUACAUUGAGUUCUCGCAGAAAUUUACGUAGUAAAAUAGAAAGGAGAAGUCUUGCAAUAAAUGAAGAAUUCUUGUCUGCAUUUAGGGAAGUAAAAUCUUCUUUAGACGACGUAUAUCAAGACGUUUUAGCUAUGAAUACUGCAGUUCAGUGUAUGACAAAUCGUUUACAAGUAACAAAAACUCAAACAUCACAACUCAUUGAUCAAACUGGAAAACUUCAAAAUAAGAGUCAAACUUUAUCUAUGCAACAGGAAGUUGCAACUGCAUUUAUUAAAAAUUUUCAAUUGACUUCAUCAGAACUAAGUGUUUUACAUGGUUCUACUAGAGAUUCACCUAUUACAGAAGAAUUUUUUUCUGUAAUUAAUCGGGUUCAGGAGAUACACAGCAGGUGUAGAGUAUUAAUGCAGUCAGGAUACCAAACUUUAGGACUAGAUAUUAUGCAAAGAAUGACACUUUUGCAAGAGGCAGCCCUUGAAAGACUAUAUAGAUGGACACAAAACCAGUGUAAACAUAUUGAAAAUGAAAGAUUAGCACCAUUGCUAAUCAAGGCAAUGAAUAAGUUACAAGAUAGACCAGUUUUAUUCAAAUAUAUUUUAGAUGAGUAUUGUGCAGCUAGGAAAACUGCAUUAGUGGGAUCUUUUAUAGAUGCACUAACAUUAGGGGAAGGAUAUGGUAAUACACCUAAUCCUAUUGAAAUGCAUGCAAAUGAUCCUAAAAGAUACAUUGGUGAUAUGCUUGCUUGGCUUCAUCAAGCUAUACCUGUUGAAAAGGAAAAUAUCCUUACUUUAGUGAAAAACUGUGAUAAAGCAGAUGUGUCAGAUCAGAUUAAACAAUCUUUAAGUAAUAUCACAGAAGGACUUUGCCAUCCUUUGAAGUCAAGAAUAGAACAUAUUGUAUCAAUGGAUGCCCCAGCAACAGUAUUAUAUUCUGUUACAACUCUUCUUAGAUUUUAUCGCGCGAUAAUUCAGCAAGUAAUACCAGAUAGUACCCUGGAUUCAAUGUUGGCCGAUUUAUUAAUACUGAGUGAAAAAAGUUUUCUUAGUAGACUUCAAAGGGAGACGCGCAUUGCACUUGGUGACCGUGCAGAACCUCCAGGAAACGAUUUAGUACCUGCUCCAUCCAUUUCCAGAUUAUUAUCACUUCUUAAUGAAAUCCUUUCUGUAGCAAGCAUUGCAGAGGGUAGAGAGAAAGACAUGUUACAGAUAGUAUCAUGCAUUAUUGAUCCACUUUUGCAAGAAGUUAACGAAACAGCAUCUAGAUUACCUACAGUAGACAUGGCUGUAUAUCUUCUAAAUUGUAUGCAUCAAAUACAAUCUACUUUAGCACUAUAUGAAUAUAUGGAUCAAAGACUAGAAAGAUUACAGGCUCAAUCUGAUGCACAAAUUGAUACUCUUACAUCAGAACAAGCCAUUUCAUUAGUAGCACACUUAAAUCUUGGUUCCAUUUAUACAAUUUUGCAAGGGCAUGAACAAGGUCCACUGUCUUCCAUUCCUGGGAUGGAUGCCUUAAGUGUAAAAGAAUUUACAAACAAACUGGAAGCCUUUUUAAUAAUGCCAGAUGUAUUAUUAUUACCGCAAAUAAGUUUAUUGCAAAGUAGCAAUCAUCGUUCAGUAACGCAGAAACGCUCCUUUGAAGUAAUUGGAGCUAUUUAUAAACAAUUGUACGAAGCUUGUCACGACCCAAAAAAUUUGUAUCAAAACCCAAGUAGUCUAUUUUCAAGAACACCCGAGGAUCUUUUGAAGACAUUAAUUUCAAUUUAA